GUGCGCAACGAUCCCAAUGUCGCAGCCAUUGCGUAGUAUUUUCAGCUAAUUUCUCACUAUUGAUGUAGAACCUUGAUUUUCAUCAUCCAAGCUACAUGCCCAGGCUGUAGACAGAAAUGACACUUUCGUGAAAUAGGAAAACCACCAUUCCGCAUUCGCUCUAGAUCUGAUCCGAUCAACACAGGAGCGCUGCAUUGCAUCACACGUAUUUGUUCCCGGCUUCCCACCACCCCAUAAACGCUACACAUACUUGUGGCAUUUGUGCAUGCGGACGAACGAGUAGUUGCCAAAACCUCGAUGUAGCUGUAGCCACAGAAAAUUACGACCUGGAUAUCUUGCUGGGGUUUGCUUUAAUGUGCCUUUCCAGCGGACCGAGUUUCUGUCGAUUGAGAAGGACAUCUGGAACCAUGGAUGGAUUCUGCCUUCUGUAUCUGCUCAUGAUUCUCCUGAUGAGAUCUGGUGAUGUUGAAACCAACCCUGGACCAGACAGUAUUGUCAGUGAGGAGGAAUUUAUAAAGCUGUCCGAGCAAAUUGGCCCAAGCUACUACAACAAGGUGGGCGUUCACCUGAAGAUCUCCAUUACAGAGCUUGAUCAUAUCAAGGAACGUAGCCUAAAUACCAGUGAUGCAUUGAUGACAGUCUUCACGAGAUGGAGAGACAAACAGCCUCCAGGCACAGACAUCAGGGCUCUUCUAGCAGAGGGAUUAGAAAGAAGUGACUUAGGGUCCCUCUCUGGCAAACUACUCGCUGGCAGUCUAGUCCUGAAGCGGACAGGUGCACCUGCUACGAUGUCAGGAUCACAGACUCAACCACUUUCUCCUGACCUGAUCAAGAAAUGUGCAGAAGAUUUGAAAUCCAAAUACCGGACAACUUUCUGUAAGAUCAGAGCUGAUCCUCUCGACCCUGAUUCCAUUGUGCAAUUUGACGACAUGUUUGUUAACCUUGUCCUGGAAGAGGAAUAUCGUAAAGGCAAGCGACCACUUACGUACAGGGAUCUCUUUAAUCACAAAGUCAAUGGAGAGUUUCCCAAGCGGAUCAUGAUUCAGGGAGAGGCUGGGGCUGGAAAGACAACAUUCUGUUCUAAGAUUGCCUGGGACUGGAUAACUGAGAAUCCUGUUCUCCCAAAGUUCUCGUGGGUACUUGUUAUCCCUUUUCGUGAAGCCAAACAAUACACGAUCGGUGAGAUUGUCAAGUUCUAUCUCUCCAAGGACAAUCCAGCAACAGCCUGCCAGAUCACUGAGUACAUCCGUUCAAAUCCAAAAGAUGUAUUCAUUGCGUUUGAUGGAUUAGAUGAGCUUGAUGGCAAGGUUAUACAGCAAAGGAAAGCUGGUACAAAGUCAGAAUGUCACCAGCCAAAGUCAUCAACCCUAACAAGUGACACUUUGCAGCCAAGGGUCCACAGUGCAGAGGCAAGUGGAAGUGCUUCAGACAGAGGUGGCAUUGCACUUAGAGACAUUCUUAGUUCAGAUGAGCUUGCUGCUUGCCCGGUGUUUGUGACAAGUCGCCCAUGGAAGGUCGAAGAGAUUAGAUGGGACAAUAGUCUACGGAAACUGUACACUUUCAUGUUUGUAGAAGGGUUUAGUAAGGAGAAUGUGGAGGUGUACAUUCACAAGUACUUUCAAGAUGAUGGGGCCAAAGCAGAUCAGCUUAUCCAAUUAACCAAAGACAAUGUCAUCAUAUCUGAGAAUAUGGCCCCGUAUCCUAUCUACAUAGCUAUGCUCUGUCUUAUGUGGAGAGAACUUGGUGACGAAAAACAAGAAAAGUUGAAGUCAUUACAAACUUUUUCUCAAAUAUUUGAUGAAAUCUUUGAAUUCUUGAAGGUGCAUUAUGCUCAGAAAGAGAUCACAGAUUUAGACAGCCAAGAUUUCCAAGCCUUUCGCUCUCAAAUUGAGAAGCUCAUGGAACCAGUUGCCAAAGUUGCUUUCACCGGGCUACAAGAAAACACCCUAAGUUUCAAAGAAGGUGAUUUUGAACAGUGCUCAGACUCCAUUGAAACAGCUUGUAGAGUAGGGGUGUUGUCUCAGGAGAAAAAAUUGUCAUCGUUAUAUGAUAAGAGCAGUAAGUACCUGCAGUCUACUAUCUUCUUUCCACACAAACUCUUUCAGGAGUACAUGGCUGGGGUCCAUCUUGCUUCCCUGUUUGAAUUAGAUCACAAUGAAUUCAACAGACUGAUUGAGCAAGUAGUGCUGCCUAGAAAGGAAGAGUUUGGGUAUCUCCUGUACUUCACUGUAUCACGGGACAAAGCCAUUGCACACCAUGUCAUGAAAUGCAUGGUACAGGGUGACAUCCGAGGCAGCUCGAAUGUGGAUUUGUUGGUUGAAGUAUCCUUUGAGAGUCAGGACCUAGAUACUGCAGCCUUGGCGAGGGGUCGAAUGUCAUUUCUGUCAAUAGACUCAUCCAUGACAGCACACACCAUGGCAGGUUAUGUAUUCACUGGGCUAGGUGUAUAUAAAGAUGUGAUUGAUCAUGGGAUACAUGGACAAUUUGGACCAAUUAUAUCACAUCAUAUGGCAGAGAUUAUAUGCUCUGUGUCCUCUCUAAAGCAUGUUACACUACACGGAGCUGCCUUGCACAGUGACUUCUAUGCAGUUCUUGCUAAAGAAGGAAACAAGUCCAAGGUCCACACUGUCAGGCUUGAUGAUGUUAGGUGUCCAACAUCAGCCUCUUCACAUUACCUAGUAGAUGCUUUGUGUUCCAUGCCAACCCUGACUGACCUGUCAAUACGUGGAAAGGAGUUCCAGGAGGAGUUCUAUUCUACACUGAAUGCAAAGGCGUCAACCUUACAGGAUUCUUUUCCUCAAAUCAGUAAUGGAAAUUUCAGGUUCAAUGGAGUUCCCCAAGCGGAUUUUGAUUCAUUCCUGCAGUCACUCACUGACUUUAGACGGGAGGAUGCUUCUGACCUCUUACACAAGGAGGAUGACGUCUCAGACGAGGAGGCUAACGUCUCAGACGAGGAGGCCAACGUCUCAGACGAGGAGGCCAACGUCUCAGACGAGGUGGAUAACCUCUCAGACGAGGAGGAUUACUUCUCAGACAAUGGCAGUGUACAACCAUCCAGAUCGCACAGCAGGAUUAGGUGCUGCUCUAUCGUAUAGAACUGUCUCUAAGAGGGUUGUACAACACUUGCUACUGCGACAGUUGUUCCGCAUCGGUUUCCUACACUAACCAAAAUUCCAACUCCAACCUCAGACCUUGCAUAUUUAUACUGUAAAGAUAAAGUUAUAAUAUUUAACACUAGUAAUGAAACAGCAAAUUCAAUGUACUUCAUAUCACAACAUAGCAAUGUUUUAUUCAUACACAUUAAAUAUAUCAUAUUACGUUUACCUUACCUAAACAUUAUUACCUGAAUGCUUUGUUUU